UGCCGCGGGCGCCUCCCCCUAUGGAGCAGCCUCGCCAUGGAGCCCCUCACAGCGCUCAGCCAGGAGGGCGCGGGCGGCGGGGAGCCGCCGGGCGGCGGACCGCUCUGGACGGCCGUCUUCGAGUACGAGGCGUGCGGCGAGGACGAGCUGAGCCUGCGGCCGGGAGACGUGGUGCAGGUGCUGUCCCGGGACUCGCAGGUGUCCGGCGACGAGGGCUGGUGGACGGGGCAGAUCGACCAGCGCGUCGGCAUCUUCCCCAGCAACUACGUGAGCAGCGGCGUGCAAGGGGGCGGCCCGGAGCUGCGCGCCCGCUACCCGCCGCCCCCCGCCAUACAGCUCUUGGAGAUCGACUUCUCAGAACUUGUUCUGGAGGAAAUCAUUGGCAUAGGGGGCUUUGGAAAAGUAUAUCGAGCUGUGUGGAUAGGAGAUGAGGUUGCUGUCAAGGCAGCUCGUUAUGACCCUGAUGAAGACAUCAGCCAGACCAUUGAGAAUGUCCGCCAAGAAGCCAAGCUCUUUGCAAUGUUAAAGCAUCCCAACAUCAUUGCCCUCAGGGGCGUAUGUUUGAAGGAACCUAAUCUUUGCUUGAUCAUGGAGUUUGCCCGUGGAGGAUCAUUAAAUAGAGUGUUGUCUGGUAAAAGGAUACCUCCUGACAUCUUAGUGAACUGGGCAGUACAGAUUGCAAAGGGAAUGAACUACUUGCACGAGGAAGCAAUUGUUCCUAUAAUUCACCGUGACCUGAAGUCCAGCAACAUACUGAUACUCGAAAAGGUGGAAAAUGGAGAUCUGAGCAACAAGAUAUUGAAGAUCACGGAUUUCGGCUUGGCCAGGGAAUGGCAUAAAACUACCAAAAUGAGUGCAGCUGGGACAUAUGCCUGGAUGGCUCCUGAGGUCAUCCGCUCCUCCAUGUUCUCCAAAGGCAGCGAUGUGUGGAGUUAUGGCGUGCUGCUUUGGGAGCUGCUAACAGGGGAAGUGCCAUUCCGAGGAAUUGAUGGUCUUGCAGUAGCCUACGGUGUUGCCAUGAAUAAACUUGCUCUUCCAAUCCCUUCCACGUGUCCAGAGCCUUUUGCCAAACUAAUGGAAGAUUGUUGGAACCCUGACCCACACUCACGACCUUCCUUUGCCAGUAUCCUAGGCCAUCUCACCGCUAUAGAAGAGUCUGGUUUCUUUGAAAUGCCCAAAGAUUCCUUCCAUUCCCUUCAGGAAGACUGGAAACAAGAGAUCCAAGAGAUGUUUGAUCAGCUCAGAGCCAAAGAAAAGGAGCUUCGCACAUGGGAAGAAGAGCUUACUCGUGCUGCUGUUGAACAGAAGAACCAUGAGGAGUUGCUCCGAAGGCGGGAACAGGAGCUGGCAGAACGUGAGAUUGACAUCCUGGAAAGGGAGCUCAACAUCAUCAUCCACCAGCUGUGUCAGGAGAAGCCUCGUGUGAAGAAACGUAUGGGGAAGUUCAAGAAAAGUCGGCUCAAGUUAAAAGAUGGCAAUAAUAUCAGCCUGCCUUCAGAUUUCCAGCAUAAAUUUACUGUGCAGGCUUCUCCAACAAUGGAUAAAAGGAAGAGCUUGAUCAGUAGCUGCUCCAGCCCUCCUGCAAGUCCUACCAUUAUUCCCAGACUCAGGGCCAUACAGUUGACUCCUGCUGAAAGCAGUAAAACAUGGGGACGAAACUCAGUCCUUCCAAAGGAGGAAGGAGAGGAAGAAGAGAAGAGAGGCCAGAAGAAAAAAGGGCGCACCUGGGGACCAAGCUCACUUUGUCACAAGGAGCUAGGUGCAGGAGAGGACAGUCUGAAAGCUCUGGUAGAAGGAUACAAACAGUGGUCAUCCAGUGCACCAAACCUAGGGAAGAUUCAGAGAACUGCACCUGCUUUUCCAGGAUUCACCAGCUUAGCAGAGAUGGAUGAUGAAGACAGUGAAUGUCUUAAUGGGGAGGGCAAAGUGCACCCUUCACCUGGGCACAACCAGUCAUACCUCUGCAUCCCGUUUCAGAAGAAUGAUGACUGGGAUGGGCCUUCUAGUGAUGCCAAUGAUGAGUCCACUCCUGUGAACUCUGCUACAAGCACCCCACAGCUUACACCCACCAACAGCCUCAAACGUAGUGGCUCCCACCACAAACGGUGCGAGGUUGCCUUGCUUGGCUGUGGAGCGGUUCUGGCUGCUGCAGGCCUGGGGUUCGAUCUGCUAGAAGCGGGGAAGUGUCAGCUGCUGAUUGAAGAGGAGCCAGAGCCACCCAAGGAAGAGAAGAAGAAACGUGACAGCAUUUUCCAGCGAGCUGGACGCCCACGCAGGAGCACUAGCCCUCCUUCUCGAAAAAUCUUCAAGAAAGAUGAGCCCAUGUUGUUGCUUGGCGAGCCAUCCACAUCCCUCACCCUUCUUUCCCUGUCUUCCAUUUCCGAAUGUAAUUCCACCCGAUCCCUGCUGCGCUCAGACAGUGAUGAGAUUGUGGUAUACGAAAUGCCUGUCAGCCCUGUGACAGUCAAGGCUCCCUUGCCAGCCAUUAAUAACCCACUAGUUAAUGUCCAGAUUGAGAGAUUCAAACAAGACCCCAACCAGUCCCUCACUCCCACACAUGUGACGGUCUCUUCCCACACCCAGCAAGGCGGGCACAGGCGCACACCUUCUGAUGGGGCCAUCAAAGGGACUGGACUAGUUGUCAAUGGGUGCCCAACCAGUGGAUGCCCUUCCAGUAGCUGUUUAACUGGAGCACUGGGAGCAGGUGUAUUAAAAACACCUAGUCCAAGUAGAGAUCCAAAUGAGGUCCCUCGCCUGCCAGAUCCCAACCUUGUUUUUCCUCCAACCCCGAGACGAUGGAAUGCACAGCAGGACCCCACGCUGGAAAGACCCAAGACGCUGGAGUUCCUGCCUCGGCCUCGGCCCGCAGCCAGCCGGCAGCGGCUUGAUCCCUGGUGGUUUGUGUCACCUAGCAAUGCCAAGGGUGAAUCUUCUGCCAACAGUUCAAGUACUGACACUCCAAGCAAUCUGGACUCUUGUUUUGCUAGUAGCAGCAGCACUGUAGAAGAGAGACCUGGACUUCCUGCACUGCUUCCUUUCCAGGGGAGUCAUCCUGUAGAGGAGCGGACACUGUUGGACAUAGAUGCUGAGGGACAGAGCCAAGACAGCACCAUUCCGCUAUGCAGAAGUGAACUUAACACACACAAAGCUACAGCAUAUGAACUCAAGCAAGAAUUCUGGUCUUAGUAUGAAAUUCACUUGGGACAGAAUGGGAGUAGUUGCCUUCCUCUUCAUAGCAUGCUGUUAUCUUAAGACUUGUGGACAGUGCUGCGUAGAGAUGUUACUGGAUGAAACUGGAUACCUCUCAUUCAGCUGAAGGUGAGGCAGUAAUUAAUGGUCAAGUAAAGAGAGGUCUUUGCCAUUUGGAGUGCUUUAUUAAAUAGUAAAUCACAGGAAACCUCCUAACUUGAACCACCACCUUUCUAUCUUUUAUUUAACUUUGAUUUGAACUUAAUUCACUUCUAUGGAAUGAAUAUGGGAUCUGAAGACCGAUUAGAUGUGUGGAACACAACCUAAUUACUAUAUCCCAGAAUUCAGUGUUGGCUUGUUGCCUUUGUAAGUAUCUCUAAGCUAAUAUUAAUGUUUAUUUCUUUGGGGUUUUUUUUUUGACAAUUUUCUUCUUGGAAAAAAGAUGGUUAUUAGUUUCUAAUAUUUUCUGUGUGUUUUGGAAAUAUUCUUAAAAACUCUAUCAGCUCUGUGGAAAAUAGGAAGUCUUCUCUUGCAUAGUGAUAUAGAUCUUUCUUUUGACAUAAAACAAGGGGACCGUUAGAAAUGAAAAAUUCUGAUCCCUUUUACUAUAGGGUAGUUGCCUUCCUUUGCUUCUAUACUUAUAACUUGUUUAAGGUUGUAAUUUGGGUAAAACUGGAUGCUAACAGUGACAGGAGAGGCAUAUGUUAAAAGAUUAUUUACAAACAAGCAAUGAAUACAGCAUGUGCAGAAACAAAACUGAAAUAUGCUGUCAUGAAGGAUAACUUUAUGACUUCAUAAACACUUUGGUUCAUUAUAUUAUUAAGGUAUCUUUAAGAAAGAAUGCCUUCCUAUGUUUUUCUUUAUAGUUUACUUUGGAAGAUUAGAAUAAGGUGCUUGGCACAGACUCUCUUCUUGCAUCUGGCUGGACAGAAUGGGAUUUUAACCAAAUGCUUGUUUUUUGUAUUUCCAUAUCUAAUCUGUGGUUUAGACUUUCCUAUUUCUUUUGCUUAGCAAACAAGUCUUAAGAAGAACUUGUUUCUUCAGCUCUGCUGUCACAGUUUCACAAAGCAGUACCAAAAUGCAUUUAUGGCUUACUUUGCUACUCCCAUCUUAUUAAAUACACUGGUAGAAUGUUACCUGCUAUAGUUUUAAUGUUCAUUUGCUUUUGUUUUUUCUCAUGCUCAGCUUUUUUAAGCAGCAUUACCACUGAUCAGAGACAAAUACAGCUUCUGAAAUCACCUACAUCAGCUUUAUUUUUAUGUGUUAAAAACAGUCAUUCCCACCUUAGAAGUGUGUGCCUGAUUAUAAGGUAAUUUCCCACUGGUGACUGGGUCGGGGGUCUCGCAUAGCUACCAGAAUUCUUAUUGUCCCUCUGUAACAAGAAUCUCCUUUUUUUUUUUUUUUUUUUCCCCAGUAGAAAACACUUCAUCAGUGUUGUGUACAAGAGCCACAUUUCACCUCUUUCUGUACAUGAGUAAUAGAAUCUUCUUUUUCUUUGUUUCCAAAUGACAAGGAGCAUCAUUUUACCUACUGAGUGUGGCUACUUGUGCUGGUCUUUCUAAGCCUCUGAAUUACAUCUGUGUGUUUUAGGUGCAUCUUGUAUUGCUAGGUGCCUUCUAUUUCAUGUGCAUCUUUGCUAGGGCCUUAGGUUGUUUUCUGGAAGGAACUCUUGGUUGUAGCUUUCAGUACUGCAGUUUUCUUCAUCAUACAUUCAGCUAAACACCAGUGAUACCAACGUUUCAUGUCCUUCAGUUUGCUGACUUGUGUAUACCCUUGUGGAAACAAGUAUGCUAUUGCUAAUUCUCCAUCUCUCAAUUAGAAUUCUAAAUACGUGAUUCCGUGGCUGUCUCUUGUCAGUUAUUUGUUCUUGUUGCCAUAGUAUUUUGGCAGAAGGCAGAAACCAACAUUAUCUUAUCUGUGCUUUGACCUAAAACAUUUUCAAGGUAGAAGCAUAAAACACAAGUGGGGGAAGUAUAAGUGUGGAGGUUAGCAGAAAUUAACCAGUACAAGGGGUGAAAUUUUCUAUCUUACUGUACUAAACAGUGGUCAGAGGACACUGACCAAGAGCUGCUUGGUAACCUAUUGGUGUCAUAGUUAAAUUGAGUCCUAAAGAAAAAUUUGAGGAUUGUGUGGUGACUUUGUUUCUGGUUGAUUUGUUUUCUUUUACCCUGAGCUACCUCAUUUGUACAGAUGGAGUGGAAAUAAAGGACAAGUUAUAAGAAUUGCUCUAGAUAAACAAUUGAAACUAGAAUGGUGAGAGCACCAAGGAAAACACUUGUGUUUGGCUCUUUGACAUUCAAAUUCCUUAUGGAAAAAUAAAACCAGCUGUUCAUUUCCAAAAAUUAAGAUUAUUCUUUUAUUAUGUAAAUCUCCAAAAUAAACAAUAACAAGGCACAAAGUAUAUUUCCUGAUGGUUUUUGACCUGUGGAAGAGCUAAAUUUCCAAUCUAAAAGGUGAUUAUUUCAUACUGGUCACUGCUGCUGCUUUUAAAGGUAGAAGUAUGUUUUUUGAGAACAUUUUUUUUUUCUAAAUAAUCUCAUGUACUCUUUAAGUGAGCCUAUAUGCAGUCUUGUUUCCCUUGUAGUUUUCCUAGUAUUGUAGAAUCCUUAGAUGUUGCAAGGGACUCUGAAGGCCAUCUAGUCCAAAUCUCCUGCAGUGAACAGGGACAUCCACAGCUAGAUCAGGUUGCCUGGGGAAUAUAUUUGAUUCUAAUGCAGCUCUUGUAUCUGAGUGCUGAUGGUGUGUGGAUAGUCAACUAUAGCUCAUUUUAAGAAACUAUGACACGUUUUUACUGUGUAACAUAGUGGAUUUUUCUGCUCAACUUGAAGUGGACUACUGUUAGUCUGUAGCUGAUGGGGUCAGAUAGAUGUGUAUCUAGCAAAUGUGGACCUAGAACAGAUCUGCAGGAGGAAUGCCAAAGUUGCAUUUGCUUAGAGAAGGAUAAUUGAAAGAUAAUAAUGGUGAGGGAAAAUGUUCCUCCACUAUUCAGAAGUAAUUCUCUAGGAUCUUGACCGUGCUUGAAUUUUAGCUUCCAUACAGUGAGAGCUCAAUGGAUUUUAAUAAAAAAUUUUUUUGACUGAAGCCCUGGCAUAAGACCAAGACAAAGUAUUUACGUUAUUUAGGAGUGAUUGACACUGUCUCCUUGUCCUACCUUGAUUGUUCCAGUUUAGCAUUUUCUCAAGAACAGAUGCUGAGUAAAACUAUCCUUCUUGCCUUGAAGCAGGAGGAGAGAGGUGUGAGUCCGAGAAAGAAGAAUCAUUGCUAUAGCCGUGUCCUAAUGCAUUUCCUUAUCACUCUGCCAGCAGCAGAGGUUAUAGUGGAGCAGGAAGACAUACCAGUGUUUUUCCAAGCUUUAUUGGUGAGAAUGCUGCUAAAAUAAGAUUUUAGUAUAUAAACAAGCAAGUUGGGAAGCCUUAUAUUUAACUACUUGUUAUUAAGUUUCAAAACAAAUGUGUCCUCUGAUUAUUAUCUGGCAUUGCUCAAUUGCACACUUAUCUUAUUGAGUUUAACUACAGCUGGAGAAGAGCUGAACUCUUUCCUUGAGUUCUUGGGGAUGCGGCUACUUUUGAUUAUUUUGGGAGGUAAAGUAAUGUUUUCUCCUAGUCCCACUUUGCGUUGCAAAACGAGUUGUCUCUCCUGACUAAUUGUCCAGAUAUUCGUAGUAAGCUUCUAUUUCUGCCUUGCAUGCUUUGGUGAGUGGCUCUUAAAAUGUCAUCAUGGUUAGCGUUUGUGUCUGAAUAGGGCAGCUAAUACCUCUGAGCUGAUUUUUCACACUGCAUCUCAAACAGAUGUUAUUACAUUAGUUCUGCCAUUGCUCUGUUUUCAAGGUUAUCUUGGCAACCAUAACAUCCAGAAAUCCUAGACUAUAUAAAAAGUAAAGCAGCAGAAAAAAAAAGAAAACAUACCAAUGCUUACCAAUUGAACAGCUGAGUUGUGCCAGUGGUCUUUGCAGAGAGUAAAAAACAUUCUUCUGCAGCGUAGGUCUCUGCGAGACAGCUGAAUUCCAAGUGGAGAAUGUACCUGUAUCUGCUUAAUGUCAACAGGCACCAGUGCCUCUCCUAUUUGGCAGUUUUUAUAUUAAAUCGUGUAAAGCCAAAAACAUAUAGUAGUAAAAGUUUAUAUGUAGGGUACUGUCUUGUAACUAGGAGGGGAAGAGGUCUCAAUUCAAGAAAGCAUACUUAAACAUCACCGAAAUCAAUGGAAUGUAUCUAUGGGGCUAAAUGCACAAAACCUCAAGUCAGCAAAGCUGUUAUGAUCUGAUCUGGGGGGUUGUCUUGUAGAGAUUAAUGGUGAAGGACCAGUCUCCAUAUUUUGUCAGAGGGAGUUCCUUCACAAGCCUUUGGGUAAAUGCAGGCUCGAUUUGCUCUGACUUACGUGGCCUUUCCAUGCCUGCAUUUUCCAUCCUAUUUGAUCGCUAGUUCUUACCAUAAACAGGGAAAGCUUUGAGAAUAUUUUCUGACACAGGAGAGAUCAAUAACUUCUGCACUAGCAGACUGCUGGCUUCAGAGGGGGCAGUAAAUGGUGUGUGGAGGCUGUGUGUACAAAUUUUGAUUUAACCUGAAGUAUUUUCUCAGGUUUUUUCAUUUCGGAAAUGCAGCCUUCCAGGUUAGUGUACAGAUUUGACAAAUGUGGAAGUGAUCAGUGUCUACUGUUAUUGUUAGGGUUCUUGGAUUCUUGCUUGCCAGCUGUUGGCCCAGCACUUCAUGCUGGUAUAUAUGACUUCUUUGUCAUAAAUUCAGAACAAACUGGGAAUAUCAGAGAUAUUUUGCCUGACUUCAGUUGAGAGGCUUAUAUGGAGCGGGGAGGGGCGGUAGUGGUGGAAAAAUCAGGGAAACUACCUGUGAUUUUAACAGUGUCUCUUCUGUGGCUUUGAAAGUCUGAAUUUCACAGCCAGAGAAUGUAUUUCCUCCCUCUUUUUAUAAGCUACAUCUUUCUUUUGCCUUAUUAAUUGUGGAUCUGUUCCUGCUUCUGUUUAAAGCCAGUUGCAAAAAACAGUGACCUGAAUUUCCUAGGUACAGUGUUGUCAAAUCUGAAGAACCAGGUGAGUAGUUGACUCCAGUGUAAGAUCGUACGCCCAUGUCCAUUUUUUUUUGAGGUAUGGGAUAGUUCCUGCUUGUGUUGAAAUCCCUGUGUGAAAAGUGUUAGGUACUUUGUAAGGAGCUCCAAUCUCUGCAGGACUGGGAUUCAUCUGAUGACUGAAGUAUUUCCAGUCCAUUUUUGGAGACCUCUGUAUGUCUUCUGUUCAUGAUGUUCAAAAGUCUUUUACUAUGGAAGUAGCACCUGAAGGUGUGUUUUUGCCCAAACAACCUGCAAUGAAGCAGUUGCAUUAGCAAAUGGUAAUGUACCCCAGAGUUGAGUAAAAUAACAGAGGCCACCAAGGUUAUUCUUGUUUGUGUGAUGAAAUGUUGUCAAAUGAAGUGAUUUGUUGGAGCCUUCCUGUAACCUCUGUACAGCAGUAAGCUUAGGGGAAAAUAAGAUUGCAUUAUUUUUUAAAAAGCUUUAUUUGUGACCUGGCUUUGUUGCCUCUGACCCUAACUUAAAUAGUUAAAUUAUAUUAAUGUCCAGUUUGUUUCACUGUAGGUAACACAUCAACUGAAUACUCUUGUGCAUAAUCUACUGUAUCUUUCCUCUGUUCUGUGUCAAUGUAUUAUGUGUAUUUGGAUUACGGUUCUUUUUUAUUGUAUUAAAUUAUUUUAUGUUAUAGAACAAUAUUUAAGCAAAGCAAAGAGCUGAUGAAAGUUGUUGGCGUUUUGGGAUUUUUUUUUCUCUUUGCUUUUUUUUGGAUGUACUGUAAAUUGUAAACCAAGGAUGCCAAGCAGGCUUGGUUCAAUGGCUAAAAUUAUUGUAUUACAGUGUAAUGCUGAUCUAGGCCUUGUCUCAACACUAGAGCACACAGACUUGAAUAAAACUGUUAUAAAAGUGAUUGUCUUUAGGUCCUGAGUUCUUAGCUUUGUGCUUUAGAUAAUUUGAACAGAUGUUUAGAACAGCAGUAUCGUUACCUUGCUCUGAGGAGCAUGUAUUUUCUUCCCAGUGCCACGACAGGUUUUUUUUUUUAUUAGUCAUCUUGGUUCUGAUAACUGUUCCAGUCCUGGGCUUUUCUGGAGUUUUGAAAUCUGUCCUAAAUCCACAGUCUGAUAUCAGUCUUGGCAUACAGUAUCUGUGCUAACAUCUAGCUCUGAACAGGGUAUUUAAUUGCUUUUAUUAAGGUUAAUAUUUCUGUUCUGUUAGCUUAAGAUUUUUGUGCUCUUUAUUUAGCAUCCUAGCCAGAUGAUGAGUCUGAAUGCCUAGAUCUGUAGCAAAUGCAGUAACACAUUUUAUGCUUGAUGACAUUUAGCAGAUGGUUUAGAUUCACGUCUGUUGCUAUGCCUUUGUCCUUGCCACCUUAUUAAGAUACCAUUGCUUGAACCAGUUUUCAAACUCUCUUUCACGUGCUGCCAGACUGAAAGAUGACAUGGUUUUGAUUCCUGUGUGUUUGAGUCCUGGCUUAUGACUUUGCUGUUGUCUGACAUAAUUACUUAUGUAGGUUGCUCUGAAAGUAAUGCCUCCCAUUUUAUUUCCAUGGAAACUAUAACAGAUACAAAGAACAUAAUAACGCAGUUUGGUAGAGCAAAUUCUCAGCUACAAAACAAUGUUUUUCAACAUAGUCAGCAGCAAUGCAUUUUUGCUAGCAGUGGACUAGAGCCUGCAUGCCUCACUUGCAUUAAAAAAAAUAAUAAUAAUAAAAAUCUGCACCGUUGGAGAUGACCACUGCCACCACUACUUAAAUGCACCACCCACUAUCUUACUGUGCUCGCAUCCACUGCUUGGUCUCAGUAAACAUUCGGCAAACAUGAGUGAGUGUUAGUGGGUGUAACUUUUUCUGCUGGGAGGAAUUCAUUGACACACCUUUGUUUCAUAUGCCCUUCCAUGUCAAACACCAUCUUGUCAGGCUGUCCCUCUGCUGCCAGCACAGCAACAAAAUGUAAUGGAAUCUUGAUGGAAGGUUCAGCCUUUACUGUCGUACCACCUGCCAUGCCUCUGACAUCAUGGGCCAACAUAAUACAAUAGGAGGCAUUACUUCGGAAUUUUGUAAUUUUUGUAACUUGUAAUUUUAUCUUUUUAAGGAAUAACUGUGUGCUACAAGUUUCAUAAUUUCCUUUGAGAAAUGACUUUUCUCUAGUCACCUUCCCUCCAGAUUUUUGAAUGCCUUGGGCUUAAACAAUUUCUGCCUUCUGUAAUAGUUGCUAUAAUAUGGUUCUAUUCUAAAAGAAUCUGAUG